AUGCCCACCUGUCUCUUCCCUGAGACCCAGGAAUCUGACACCCAGCCCUCUCCUCAAAACUUUGGAAUCCAGGACCCCAGUCUCCUCCUCCCUCAGACCCUUAAUCUGGGUUCCCAGCCCCCUCCUCCCUCAGACCUAGGAAUCCGGGACCCCAACCCCUCCUCCCGAAGAUUUAGGGUUCCUGAUUUCCAGCUCCCUCUCCUUUCAGACCCAGGAAUCUGGGCCCCAACUCAUUCCUCCCUGAGGACCCAGAAGUCUGGGACCUCUACUCCCAUUCUCCCUAAGAGCUUAGGAAUCCAGUCACGCGGCCUCACCCCUCAAAUUCAGGGACCCGGGUCCCCCAGUCCCUUCUUUUCUCGGGACGCGGGAGAACAGCUCCGGAUGGACUUCUCUCAGCUCCGUCCCAAUUCCAAGAUACCUGUACUAGAAUUUCAGGCUCCUGCUUCCUUCUCUCUCAGCCCCACCCUUUCCCUCUCCCAGACCCCAGCAUGCGACGCCCCCUACCUGUGCUUCUCCCGGCCCUGUCACUGCCUGAGAGGGUCGCGGUCCAAUUCUCUCCCUCUUGCCAUAGGACACUUGAGGGCACAGGAGACCAAGGUGCUGGGGGGUGAGGAGUGCGAGCCUCAUUCGCAGCCUUGGCAGGCGGGCUUGUUCCAGGGCAUCCACCUGCUCUGCGGGGGUGUCCUUAUCCAUGGCAACUGGGUCAUCACUGCUGCCCACUGUAAAAAACUGAAGUACACAGUUCGCCUGGGAGAUCACAGCCUGCAGAAAAAGGAUGGGCAAGAAAUGGCUGUAGCUGAGUCCAUCCCUCACCCGCGCUACAACGGGAGCAGGGAGGACCACAACCAUGAUGUGAUGCUCAUUCGACUACGGCGUCAGGCGUCCCUGGGACCCAAAGUGAAGCCCAUCAAGUUGGCAGAUCACUGCCCCCAGGCUGGCCAGCAGUGCACCAUCUCAGGCUGGGGCACUGUCACCAGCCCCCGAGAGAAUUUUCCUGACACCCUCAACUGCGCAGAAGUAAAAAUCUUUCCCCAGAAGCAGUGUGAGGAUGCCUACCCCGGGAAGAUCACAGAUGGUAUGAUCUGUGCCGGCGACAGCAGCGGAGCUGACACCUGCCAGGGCGAUUCUGGGGGCCCGCUGGUGUGUGGUGGCGUUCUCCAGGGCAUCACAUCCUGGGGCUCAGACCCCUGUGGGCAGCCGGAGAGACCUGGUGUUUAUACCAACCUCUGCCGCUACCUGGACUGGAUCAAGAAGACCACAGGCCGCAAGGGUUGAUCCUCAGAGUCCUUUAUUCCCCUCAAUAAACUAAAAACUCCAACCUGGCUUCUUGCCUGUCUUUCUUUGGCUCUGCGGGGA